UUUUUAACAAAGAAACUUUUGUAAUACAUUCUUACACCAUAUAUAAUUAGGGGCCUAUUUUUUGUCUUUUGUGUCGAGCCCAUAAAUUGUCAGGACUGACCCUGGUGUAAUUAUUUGUAAGUAUUUUAUUAUUAUUGGUGUAUUGAUCAACAUUGGUCCUCCGUAAUCCGUAUUAUUUAAAGUUAAUGUCCUUAACUAUAAGUCUCAAUCACUACAGAGAUUUUUUAAACAAAUAAAAGUAACACAUUUGUGAGUGUUUUGUCACUGUGUGUAUAUUGUAACCAUAUAUUAAAACGGGCCAGGAAUGAGUAGCCCAUCAACUAUGAGUAAAGCCCAGGAAACACAACCUCUUUUAUUAAGGGAAAUUCUAUUGACAGCCCCCUUUACUAAAUACAAUCACAUAUUUUUCAGUGUUCCUGCUAUGUCCUUAUUAUUAAUACCCAACUUAAUACAGCCUCCUCUAGGCAAAUCACCGAUUAAUUUCCACUGAGGAAGAAGACAAAGAAGUGAGAAGGAAAACCCCAGAAAUUCUGAAACAGAACACUAGAACAAUCGGCUACUCAAAAUCCCAGAACAGUCACCUAGCCUGUAGCUCAGCCUCUCUCCCCUUCGAUCUGCGGCCCUUGCUUCUGGAGUUAUGAUUCUCGAAUCCAGUCGCUUGCCUAGUUAGAGUUGCCUUCUCCCUUUGCAAGUCACCCACUCUCACUGGUAUCAGUGAGUGAAGAAGGAAGAAAUCGGUUGCAAGACUGGACUUAAGCAAUCUGGGAACGCAGGUAUUGCUAGGGAAGCAAUCGGUUUCAUUAUUCCUUCUUUUGCUUUCUGAUCGAGAAAAUAAGCCGUGGAAUUCCUUAGUCCUGAUUGAUGUCUUGGGGAAGCCGUGGCAAUAACGUAAGAAGUCAAAAACGUAAAACAAAAUUAUUAUUUUUAGAUGUAGUAGAAUUCGUGGAUGCUUGAAGAACGAAAAAGUUGUGGUUAGACAGUGAUUUGCAGAGGAGGCUGCAUUAAGUUAGAUAUAAUAAGAAUUAUGAAAAAAUGUGGUUGUGUAUUUAGUAAAAGGAGGGCCGAAUCCCUUUUAUUAAAAUUUUGAGCCCUUCCUUUCUUCCAAUCAGCCAGCCCCUCUCCAACAUACGUACAACCCCAAAAACUUCUCAAUCCAGAAAAAGCCUAUCGGCCAGCCUCUCCAACCAAACCCACCAACAUACUUCUUCCACACUUCAAUCGAUCAGUCAUGGAGUCCUCUCUUCGUACCGAUUCUCUGGCAACAUUUCACUUUUUCAGCCGCCAAUCAUGAAUCAAGCCUCGGCCGCCUCCACCUCCGCUCUAAGUUUUAUAAAAACCUAAACGGGAUAAACGGCGGUUUUGUACUCUCUUUUAUGAAGCUUUCAACCUUCUGGGAUAAACGGCGGCUUUUCAAUUUUAUCUUAAAACAACGUGAUUGUUUUUCGGGAAAAAUCUGGGUGAACAAGACACGUUCCGCCCGAGUCUGAAGAUGUGUCCAUGAAACUUGCUGCUAGAGUUCCUCAAUUACUGCAUCGCUCUUUGUUCUUUUGGAAAGGGGACUGUUUGAAGAUCACAUUAGCUUCUCUUUGAGACAUAUCGUCAAACUCCCGUCUCCCGGUGUUCUGUAAAGACGAUUGAUAACUAGUCAAGAUGGAUGUUGAUGCUGAGCCUACAAUGGAUGAAACUAUUUUGAUCGAUGAAGAUCUAAUGGUGGGCCCACCAUCACCAAUCAUUCCACCAGAGAUAGCGUCUCAUGUUCUUGAAGGCAUUGAUACUUGUGAUGGGCUUUUAAGGAAUCUUUUCCUAUGCUUACAAGUCAAUGAUAUUGAACCAUUCUGUCAAGAUGAGAUUAUCAUGUAUCAACAAUGUGCAGAAAAAAGGGACAAGGAGCUAAGACAACGACUUCAAGAUAGUGAGCGUAAAUUAGGGCUGUCAAUGCCUCUAGAGAAAGCAAAAGAGCGAGCAAUCCAUCUAGAAUCUGAAGCUACAUCUCUAGAGAGACGCUUUAUAUUGGCAAGUGGAGUUGAAGGCAUGGAAGGAUUUCGACAAAGGUGGAGUCUCCACGGUCGCAUGACUGAUACCAAGAAAAGGCUAGAGUCUCUAAAGCAGGGUAUAGAGAGUAGGAGAAAGGAUGACAAGCCAACUGGAAAUACCUUCACCAGCAAGAAGUGGUUCUUCUGGUGAUUUGCGAUGCACAUAUAUAAAGAUAUUGGGUCAUGCUAUGGUAUCUGUGAACCGAUAGAUAUCUGAGACCAAUUUUUAUAGAUACACAAACAGUAAGAAUCAGGUCCGACACACCAUGUGAUACUCAUGCUUAGCCCAAAGCAUGUAUUUAGGCUAUCUUUCCCCCCAAUUUCCAAUCACCGCAUAUUCAGGUGCAAGGCAAGAUAUAUUACUGCUUCAAAUUGUUCAUCAUUUAUUUGACGAUUUGCAUUUAUAUUAAGCGAUAUGGAUGUGAAUGCAAACAAUUGAUUCUGAUGUUAUAAAAAUAAAUUUGGAGAUGUUAUCAUGAUGGCGAGCUUUCGAUAUUAUUGUUUCAUUCAUGAAUUUUG